AGCAAUUACACCAAGACUUGAACACUUUAACUUGACCACAAUACGCACUAAGCACUCACUCUUUUAUUUUAUCACUAGACACCUUUACUACACACUUGUGUAUAACUCACACUUUUGGGAUACUUGUGUAUAACUCACACACUUUAGACUCUUUUUCUCACACUUGAACUCUCUUGCUCAAACUUACAUCUUAAGCACACACCUCACUUAUAUUUAUAGGCUACAAAGGAUGUAUCUAAAGAUUUCUAGAUUUUUCUAAUUUACUAGCUAAUUAAUUACUUCUUACUAUUUUCUAAACAACUCUAGAAUUAUCUAAUCUUAGUUCUAGUAAUUCUAAGUUUUCUCUAAAACUUUCUAGAGUGUUCUUGAUUUUUCUUACAAAUUUCUUAGAACAUUGUAAAACAUUUUAACAUAUUCUAGAUUUGAUAAUGAUUUUUAACAGAAAAAAGCUCACUCACCCUCACUUCAGAAAGAUUUGGUUCUUUGUCUAGGAAAUCAAUCACCAUUGUAAUUACAUUUGAUUUCGUUACAUUUGAUUUUGAUUUCAAGGUCAAUCGUUGUGCUCUUUUGGGGAAAUACAAGCGUAAAUUGCGAAUUAGAUGCAAAUGAUACAAACUUUAAUCAAGAUCAAACUCAAAGUCAGAAACGAAGUUGAAAAACGAUUUAUCAGCGACGCUUACAAUGGAGGUUGUUCAUGAAGAAUAUAUUGGAAUGGAUAUUUUCACUUUUCAGAGAAAGGGAUCCGAUUCUAAACUCCGUUUUCUUUCGCUCACCGCCAUUUGGUCUGAUGCAAUUCUUCAAUCUGGAAAGGUUCCCAAAGGAUGGGACAAGUUGGUUGUGUCUGUUGUCUCUGUAGAAACAGAUUUAUCUUCCUCUCCAAUUUCAGAUUUGCGAUCUCCUAAACCCAAUUUCAGUUCCUCUGUAAAAUGCCUCUACCCUCUCAAAUACCCCUCUUUUCCAAUUCUCUUAUGGUUCUCCCAUUCGAAAGCAAACAAAUUGCGUAGUGGUCAUUCUUUGUUGGUAGCGAUCAAGUAUAACUCUUGUGGUUCUAGGUGAAAAAGCACUUCAGGAACUAAUAUUUACGUGGGCUUCUGCUGAAGUUACUACAUAACUUGAAGCGUGAAGGAUGAUCAAAUUCCUAUUGAAAGGUCCAAUGGAAGGUCAGUGAAAGUGAGAAUAGUUGAUAUAGGAAAGAAUUAUUUGAUGAGCAACUAAGUAGAGAUACGGGUUGGUGAUCUAUCUUGUACAGAGUUUUUGUUAAUGUAUGAAAAAGUAAAAUAAAUUAACUUUGUUGU